AAUGCAUCAUGCCACUACCACAGAAAUGUGGACUUUUCCCGGCUGGGACGGCUUCUGAAGCUUCUUGUGCGGUGGACCUUCGCGGAAAAAUUCUGUCGGGGUUGCGGAAGUGUUAUCGACGAUCUCAGAUCAAAACCGAGCACGAUUCUGCUGCAGGAUAUGUUUCCCCCAUUGGACCGAGGGUUCGUCCUGUUUGUUGUAUGCGUCCUACUCCUUGUUGAUUCCUUCUGCCUUGUGGCCGGAGAGGCUAAUGCAUUGGAAUCAGUACCUGACCUUGCAAAGGCAAUGUACCUUAAUGUUGAAGGAUAUCCUUGUGUUCGACUUUUGAAUCUUUCUGCUGAAAUUGGCUGUUCAAAUCCAGGUUGGAAAAAGAUUGUUGCACCAAUUUUCAAAUUGGAGAUGAUUGAGAAACCGGUGGUUAAUUCAUUUGCAGUACUAGUCCCUUUAGAAGAGUUUGAAAGUCUUCUUCUAAGAGUUUCAAGUGAUCCAAAACUUGCCGAAAGGAUUGCUGGUGUCUUGGUUGAGUCCACUGGGAUCGAACAUAGGUCAUUAGGGUCUUCCCCAGAUGAAAAGUUCCCACAGGCUGCAUUUGCACCAUACCUGAAUGUCAGUUUUGAAUGGAACCCUCGUGGUUCUCGUAUUAUGUGGAAUCAUUAUAAUUUCCCAGCAUUUUUGCUUUCUGACGAGAGCACUAAAUUGCUGCAAGAGAUGGCAAAACAGAAUGAGAAGAACUUUAAAGCAUAUCCAUCAACCGUGGCAGAAUUUGAUCUAGUCAUGCAGACAACAAAAGCUGAAACUCGUGACUCAGCUUCUUGUCUAAAAAAGCAGACUUGUUUACCAUUAGGUGGAUACAGUGUCUGGUCUUCACUACCACCAAUAGAUACUACUUCUGCUGAGCCCCCAAAAUCUAUUAUACUUGUGAUGGCAUCCAUGGAUUCUGCAUCAUUUUUCCGUGAUGUUAGCUUUGGUGCUGAUUCCCCUUUGUCGGGAUUGAUUGCUUUGUUGGCUGCUGUUGACGCUCUUUCUCAUGGUAGUAAUUUGAGUGAGCUUAAAAAACAGCUUGUUUUUGCGGUUUUUACUGGAGAAGUAUGGGGUUAUCUUGGCAGCAGAAGAUUUUUGCUUGAGCUAGAUUUGGGUGCAGAUUCCUUGAAGGGACUUAAUGGCUCAAUGAUCGAACAGGUCUUGGAAAUUGGAUCUGUUGGCAAAGGCAUAAGUGGAGGCGUAACAACCUUUUUUGCACACCCAGGACAGGAUACAUCUUCAACAAAUGAAAUGCUUAAUGCCCUACAGAAGGCGGGCAUAUCACUCGGUUCAGAUAAUGUCAAUAUCAGAAAGGCUGAUGUAUCAAAUCCUGGUGUACCACCAUCUUCGCUGAUGUCUUUUCUGAGAAAGAAUUCUUCUGUGUCAGGGAUUGUUUUGGAGGACUUCGACACAUCUUUCAUCAAUAAGUUCUACCAUAGUCAUUUGGAUAAUCCUUCAAAUAUCAAUUCUUCAUCCAUUGCCGCUGCUUCCAUUAUCAUUGCACGAGCUCUAUAUAUUCUUGCAAGUGAUAGCCCAUUCUUGGAUCUCAUAGCACUGAACUCCAUUAAAGUUAAUGUUUCUUUGGUAGAAGAACUGGUGGGAUGCUUAUUGACUUGUGAACCGGGUUUUUCUUGUGGCCUUGUUAAGCAAUUCAUUUCUCCAAGCAAUAUAUGCCCAAGUCACUAUGUUGGAGUUUUUGUCGACUCACCUUUUGAAACUCAGCAUCCUCAAUAUGCGGAUGAUACUUCUCGGUUUGUCUGGAAUUUCCUUGCAGAUAGGACUUCAGCUCCACAGAAAAAUGCAAGCCCCUGCAAGGUGGGCUGCCAUGAAUCUGCUGAGGUCUGUGUAGCCGCAGAAACUGAGAAUAGCAGAUGUGUUAAAUCCACAACGAGAUACAUCCCUACUUACUCCACCCGCCUGAAAUUUGAAGCCAACUCGUGGCACAUCUUGCCUGCUAAUGCCUCGGAUCCUUCGGGGUUAGUGGAUCCUGUUUGGACUGAAAGCUACUGGAACACCAUUGGCUUGAGAGUUUAUACUAUGCAGAGUUCAGCAUAUGACAACAUGGUUCUUCUGAUUGGAAUCCUUAGUACUGUUGCCACUUACAUUGCAACAUUAGUGUCUAGAACGUUUCUAUUAAAAGUUCUGAAGCACGAUUGAAGGUGGAUUAUGAUGACUUACAUUAACUUGGAGAUUGAGACCUUUAGGGUUUUUACCAGUUCAAAUUCUCCAGUCUUUUAUAGAGAUCAAUAUUUUGGAAAUUUCGCUGCUGCAUUAGCCCACGGGAAUCUAUGAGGGUUUGGUCUUAUUAAUUUAUCAUUUGCAGCAGAUUAACGCAAUCGAUGGUUUGUUAGUCUCUCAUGUUACAAAGAUGAAAAAUAUUGCACACCCUUCAACUCUGCUAUUUAUAUGAACAGCUAACUGUAAUGCUAAACUUCUUACAUAAUCUCCGCUGCAUAGCUGUAUAUGCGGCUGUUUUUGCAAAUACUUAUUAGUUUUGUAUUUUUAUAGACUGUUUACUGUUUAGAAUUAUGGUUGGUGUAUUGUUCUAAAUGUUAUUUAGUGUUUAAUAACAUCACAUAAAAACCUA